UUGUCACGUGGUUCCAUCCAAAAGAAUACAUCCGGUUAUUUCCGAGUCCCUCCUUCCCCAACACCGUUUACGAUGAGCAACGCCUGGCGUAGCGUAUUUUCAUUCAACAAGUACAGCGAAAUUGCUGCUCGCGCCGUCCGCGCUUCCUUGAAGGAAGAUCAACGUGUGCUCGCCGAAAAACGGGGGCUUACAGCCUUGAGAUACCAGAAGUGGGAGAACGGUCAAGGUGGUCAGCAGGUACUCUUGAAGCCCGAAGCUGAGACGAAGUAAGCUCGGGUAGAACUGGAUGUAUCGCAGAAACUCACAAAUGUGACAAAAUCUGAAUUUCUUUACGUUCUCUAUCUCGAUACCGUCGGAGAAUUUUAAGCGCAUCUGGACUACAACAAUUGAGAGAGAAUCGGCGUCAUGAAACACAUCAUACGGUCCUGACUCCUCGGGGGCGCUUCUCUUCAAUGCUACGCUCUAGUUGAUCUGGUCUUGUCUGAACUUCUAUAGGAAAAGUCGUGGGAAACUUUACUCCUUCUCUAGUCCAGAGGACGUCUGGCUACCAACAAGGGUGUCGGAAAUUUUGCUGCCGUUGAUUCUCUCGUCUCAAACUUCUGCUUCGUAAUAU